UAAGAAAAUGGCUUUGAGAGCUAAAGUUCAGCCAACCUUUGGGCAAACAUCUGUUUGGAAGUUUUCUUAUGAUGAAGAAUUUGUUAGUCAAAUUCAAAAGGAUUAUAUUGCUGAUGAGGCUCAUAGUCUUCCUGCCAUUCCAAAUGCUGUUGCUGAUCAUGUUGAUACUUCCAUUGAGUCCUUAUCUGCAUUUGGAGAAAAUGAUCCUGACAAGAGUUUGGCCAAUACCCCAUCAAAGAGUGUUUCUCAUGGUGUUGAUGCUGAAGAAUCUGAUUGUCAGCUUUUAGGACUUACACAAUAUUCAGGAACCAAGCCACCCAAAAAAGUGAAGAUUGAGGCAAAUGCUUGAAGACUUCAUCAACUUUUUUAUUUUAUGCAUGCCAUCACAAAACUGUUGGAACUUAUAAUCCUGUGGUUAAUGUUUUUUGGUUGUUAAAUUUAAGGGAUGUAUUGUUUUAUUUACUUUGUGGUACUGCAUUUUCUACCAACAAAGCUUUCAC